AUGAUUGGUCGUCCUGGAGAAAAGAGUCAGCAUUUCUCCGUACUCGUCCUGCAUUGCGACGAUCUCUCGCGUCGGUCCAAUUUCGGUCCAAAAUCUCCGAUGAUGGAGACGCCGGCCGUGUCGCGGCAUCAGAAGCUCGUAACGGACGUUCUUUCCUGGGUGUUCAAUGUCGUUACAUCUGUCAGUAUCAUCGUGGUCAACAAGUACCUAAUGACACAUUACAACUUCCACUUCGCCGCCACCCUCACCGGCCUCCACUUCAUCAUGACGUCGCUGAUGACGUCAGCGUUGCGUCUGAGCGGAUACCUGGAACCUUCGCAGCUGCCGCUGAUGGAGCAGGUGAAAUUCGCGCUGACUGCCAACGUGUCCAUCGUGGGGAUGAACGUCAGCCUGAUGUGGAACAGCGUCGGAUUCUAUCAGAUCGCCAAGCUGGGCAUGAUUCCCGUAUCAUGCGUCCUCGAAGUCUUCUUUGAUCGCAUGCGCUACUCCCAGGGCUCGCGCCUCUCCGUGCUGCUCGUGCUCAUAGGGGUGGCCACAUGCACGAUCGCAGACAGCAGUCUCAGCGUGAAGGGCAUGGUGGCAGCUGCCGUUGCUGUCUGCUCCACCGCCCUGCAGCAAUACUACGUGCAAUACCUGCAGAAGAAGUACCGGCUGGGUUCGUUCGACCUGCUCUCCCACACAGCACCCGUGCAAGCCGGCUCGCUCGUGCUGCUGGGGCCGCUCAUAGACUGGCUGCUGUCUGGUGCCAGGGUUGACAGCUACGACUUCAGUGUGCCUUCGGUGCUGUGCAUCGGCCUCUCAUGCCUGAUAGCAGUGGCGGUCAACGCCAGUCAGUUCAUCUGCAUCGGUCGCUUCACAGCCCUCACCUUCCAGGGCCUGGGCCACAUGAAAACGCUCUCCGUGCUCGUUCUCGGAUACGCCAUUUUUGGGCUGGACGGUCUCAACGCAUCGGUCCUGAUGGGGAUGUUACUUUCCAUCAUGGGAAUGGUGUGGUACGGUAAUGCAUCGUCGAGACCAGGGGGCAAAGAGAAGGUUCCGGUUGCGCCUACUCUCCCAACCACCGCGGAUGCGGAAGAAAGCGCGCCUUUAAAAAUCUCUGGGCCCCCUCCAGCACCAGCAGGCGACGCAGCAGCAAGAGGAGGGGGGAAUCUGACUGCAUCAGGGGGGGGAUCUCAGGCAGGAGCGUUCGCGGAUUUCUCACAGCUCCAGUCGUCCCUCCCAUCAGCAACCCAGCCUGCUCCAUCCAAUCAACCCUCAAGCGCCAACACCCCUGCAGCAGCAGGAUGGGCCACCUUUUGA